AUAUAUGUGUCUUAUCUCAUCCUGCCCGUUUGUUACUCAGGUACAAAUGUGUGCAAAUACCCAUGUGUCACAGGUGCCAUAUAAAAAGUAAUUACGAGCUGCAUGUAUAUACGUACUAACUCAUUCACCUUCAGGCCAACCUCAUCUACUCCAAAUUUCUAAAAAUGUUCUCAUAUUUCAAAAUCGCUACUUUAUCCUUAGUUUUGAUACUCGUACACAGUACAAUUGGCCAACAAUCACAAUUGAUUCAGUUUUGGAACAGUGCAAAUUGUGUUGGAAAUCCGUUCGCGAGUUGGACAGCUUCUGCAAAUUACACCACACCUCCGCCAGGACUAACACAGCCAUUGUAUUAUAAAGUGAAUGGAUUAUGGGAGAUCAUACCGUGUUUAUCACCCACAAACUGUACCGUGCCCUGGAUACGUUCCGGUUUUCCUGGUCCCUGUACUCAACUUCUCUUCCCUUAUAACUUGACCGACCUUCGGGUCCGGCGGAUUGGAGAUGCUAACCAAAACGAAAGGAAAAUCACGUUCUUUGAGCUGCCAAAUUUUCAAGGUCAGUCAAUAAGCGUGGUUCCACCGGAAACAAAUUUCUCCUCCAGAACGGCACAAUCCUAUUACUUUACCGGUUUGAAUUCGUGGGUUUAUAAGAGCAGUCCGGAUAAUUUUAUUUCUGUCUGUUACAACUAUUCAUUGGAUGUGAAGAACGCCGGGUACGGUUUUACGUACUCGGAGGCAACUAUCGCCAACAUAGGCUAUGUAAAAUAUGGGUGCGAUGUACAACAAUCGACGACGACGCGUAAACCUGGAAGCAGUGGUGGUGGGAUCGUUGGGCCUAACAACGCCGUUUAUUAUGCUUUCAUUUUAGUGUUUGCCUUAAUUUGUUUGAAAUACUGAGGGUAUUCACGCACCCUUGGUAACUACGUAAACAGCAUAAAAUCCGUAAACUUACAAACGUUUACAAACAGCUUCCCGUGAAUUCACUUUCGCAAUUAUUUUCGUAAAAAUUUAUCUGAUAAUUGAAACAAAAUGCCGAUCAUUUCCAGAAAACGGAAAUUAAUGGAAGAAAUUUGUGGAGCUGCAUUUAUUGAUAUAAUAAAUACCACGAACAGUGAAGGCUGUUCCUAUAAAAAUUUCGAAAUUCAACCCUCCUAAAUUCUAAUCCUAAAUCACACUAAAUCUUAGCUGAAUAUAUAACUUCUUAGAAAUCGGUAUGGGUACCCCUUCCUUAUUGCCCAUCUGGUUAUUUUUUGUUCAUCUUUGACUUCAUAUUCGUUCAUGAGAAGCUAUCACCGUUCCGAAUUUCAGCUUUUUGAGACAAGUUAUGAAAAUCGGUAUGGGUCACCCCAACGGGUCCCGGAUGUGAU